AUGAAUGAAGAGGAGAAAAUUACUAUAGAAAAAUUAUGUAGAGAAUAUUUAACAUUUACUAAUGAAGUAAAACAUGAGAUAAGGACUAAAAACGAGGAUCCAAUUAAUAUUAAAGCUCACCGUCUACCACCACUCCAAACGGAAGAAAUAAAAAGACAGGUAGAAAAAAUGUUAAAAGAUAACAUUAUUCAGGAAUCUUUCUCUCCUUGGAGUGCACCGGUUCAUGUAGUACCAAAAAAAUUAGACGCGUCGGGUAUCAAAAAGUGGAGAAUGGUCAUCGAUUAUAGACGAAUAAACGACAUUACGACUGAUGAUAAAUAUCCUCUGCCCAACAUUAACGAUUUAUUCGACAUGUUAGGUAAAAGUACAUAUUUUACGACACAUGACUUAGCGUCAGGUUAUCACCAGACAGAAGUCAGAGAAGAAGAUUGA